AGUCUCAUCCAACAAGAACAAGCAGAGAAAUGGAGAGAAGAAUAUUUGUAGGAGUUCGAAAGAAUACACAUAUUAAGCGUAAUAAGAAGAAGCUGCUCAUCAGAGUGUUAGAUUAUUUCACUUCUGAUUCUUACAUGUUUGCUCCUUUAAUUUCUCGUCCACCUUCUGCGUUUACCUCAUCCAUCAAGAAGUCAGUCACAGGAGUGAAAGUAAAAAAACCUGUUAUUAGAGAAAAGAAGAAGUUGCUCAAGAAUGUUGGUGACUAUCUCAAGUCAAACUGUUAUAUGUAUGCGCCAUUGCUUGCUCCACCUCGUUCAAUUAUUAGGUCUUCACGGUACGUUGAGAGGGUCACCACCACCUUGGAAGUUUCAAAGAGGAAAGUAAUUUUGAAAGGCUAUAAACCAAAUGAAAAAAUGGGAGACUUGGAGGAUCAAGCUUCCAAGGGCUCUCUUCCUGAAGAAAUCGUUAAGCAGCGAGCAUCAGUGCAGCAAGGAACAGUCAAGCACAAGGAAACGGUGAAGCUGAUGGUUCACAAUAGUUGUCGCUCAUCUAUGCCAGGCAGGACUGUUGGAAAGAAUCAAAAUGUGGUAGUCAACUAAACCAAUAUCGAAAAGAAUUGCUGGGCUCCCAGAUAAGGCAUCUGAUAGUUGAGUAAAUAUUUGGAGACAACAUUCUUGUACUUAACUGGUUUGUAGUUUAAGUUCUGUGUAUGUUGGAGCAAGAAUGGAUUGUAGAUAAUACUGUCAUACAAUGAUGUCUUUUUGG